UGUGCGCGAGGGCGAGUGAGGAGGGGAACCAGCGCCGGACGGGGAGGCCCUGCUCGCAGGUCCCGGGGUCCCGGUGGCGGCCGGAGCGCUGGUCCGCAGGCAGCGGGCGGGUGGGCCCCCCGCCCGCCCCCACCCCGCGCGCGCGCGCCCCGGCCCCUCCCCCGCCAGGCCCCCUCCCCGUCCCCCGCGCGGCGGCGGCGGCGGUUCCUCGCCCGCUGCCCCCAGCCCUGGCUCCGGGGGACCCCCGCGAUGCCGGUCCUCACCGAGUGUCCCCCUCCGGCCGGGGCGGCGGCCUCCUCGGCGGCCUCGCUCAUCCCGCCGCCGCCCAACACGCAGCAGCCCGGCGUGGCCACCAGCCUGCUCUACAGCGGCUCCAAGUUCCGCGGCCACCAGAAGAGCAAGGGGAACUCGUACGACGUGGAGGUGGUGCUGCAGCACGUGGACAUGGAAAACUCUUACCUCUGCGGAUACCUGAAGAUCAAAGGCCUCACUGAGGAGUACCCAACGCUUACAACCUUCUUUGAAGGAGAAAUAAUCAGCAAAAAACACCCUUUCUUAACUCGAAAAUGGGAUGCAGACGAAGACGUGGAUCGGAAACACUGGGGCAAGUUUCUGGCUUUUUAUCAAUAUGCAAAAUCAUUUAAUUCCGAUGACUUUGAUUACGAAGAGCUGAAGAGUGGGGACUAUGUCUUCAUGCGGUGGAAGGAGCAGUUCCUGGUCCCGGACCACACGAUCAAGGACAUCAGCGGUGCUUCCUUUGCUGGCUUCUACUACAUCUGCUUCCAGAAGUCGGCAGCCUCCAUCGAGGGCUACUAUUACCACAGGAGCUCGGAGUGGUAUCAGUCCCUCAACCUCACCCAUGUUCCUGAGCACAGCGCACCCAUCUACGAGUUCCGGUGACAGCGGCUCAGAACGGCAACCAAAUAAAACUGAACUUGGCAAAAAAAAGAACUUUGCCAAGAAAAUUGUGUACCUGCCAGAACCAGGAGAAAGUGUGUUCCUGAUUUUCCACGAGCAGACCCGCCUCAGAACGCAUGAAUGUGAGCGCACAGAGUCCACGCCACGGGCCCGCCGGGGAGCAGGGGCGCUCGGUCCUCCCUCCCCGGGGCAGUUGGGUCUGAACCUGUUUUUAAGCUACCUUGAAUGCACUUUUCCAUCCUGCACAGCUAACUUCUGCGCCACCGACAUGCCCACCCCUUCCUCCGUCCCAGGCUCCAGCUGCAUGGAAUGUCAGCUCCCAGCUCCCGGCCUGGGUGCUCCGUGGGUCCCACCCCAGGGUCGGGGCUGCCCGGCCCCUGGCCACCCCCUCCCCAGUCGCUAUGUCUGGUAGCUCAAGAGAAGGCAGAGCCCAAGCACAGCCGGGGCCCCCGCCCCACCCUAAGAGCCCCGUGCAGAACUCAGAGCAUCUGCUUCUGGAACAUGGGGCUGAGGCUGAACCAGCUCUCCUGGGCCUGGGCAGCCACAGUCCGACCAGCCGGUGGGGUCAGCGGCGCUGCCGGGCCCACCACGGUAGCAGCACCAGGCCUGGGUGUGGCCAUCGGGCCCCCUGGGCCUGCCAAGGGGGUCACUGAAUUUGAGCUUCCGGAUCCCUGGCAGGAACGGAGUCCAGGCCCACUUCCUCCAUACGCUUGCUCCAAACUUUUGAACUUGAGGGCAAUACUAAACUUAAUAAAAAUAAGAGUUUUUUUAUUACAAAAUUAUUUUUAUGGUCCCUUUAACAAGGGCCCUAUGGCAAAUGCACAAUUAUUCAGAAUUACAUUUUAUCGUUUUCACAUUGAAAACAGCAAAUGUUGACUUCAUAAUUUUUAUAUCUAUAUCUAUAUGUGUAUGUAUAUUUAAUCAACCAGCAGUUUUGCAACUAGUCAUCCUGGUACAGAAGUUCUGCAGCAUUGCAUAAAUUAUAGUGCUAAACACGAGAACUGUUUUGGGGGCCAGUUUAGCCUUUGUGCCUCCUCCUCUUGCUGCUCGAGGCAGCAGUAGUUAGCAGCGCCCUUCCCGUGGGGCGGGGGGGGCCGCCCUCCUAAA